AUGGAGAUAAGUCUGCUAACGUUGGCGCUGGUGGUCGGGUUGUUCGUGCUAGCGUAUCGGUAUUUCACGAAGAACUACUUCUACUUUGCCGACAAACCCAUUCCGUCGAUGAAGCCCUCGUUCCCGUUCGGCAAUUCGGGCCCGUUGGUCAUGAAGAAGGUGGAUCUUUUCGAGCACUUUAAAAACAUCUACAAUGCCUUUCCAAACUCAAGCAUUUUUGGAAUGUUCAACUUGCGCCAACCGGCGUACAUCGUUCGCGAUCCGGCCGUUGUCAAGCUGAUCACGGUAAAAGACUUUGAUCACUUUGCCGACCAUAUGAUUACUGGUUUUGAGCAGGACGAUAACAACCACAACGAUCUGCUAUUCUCCAACUCGCUCGUGUCACUGCGGGGACAAAAGUGGCGCGACAUGCGGGCCACACUUAGCCCAGCCUUCACUGGCAGCAAGAUGCGGCUCAUGUUUUCCCUUAUUGCCGAGUGUGGCCAGUCGAUGCUGGAGCACUUCCGGGCGGAGGAAAAGAAGGCCAUCAGUGGGGGCGCGUCCGGAUUGCAGUUGGAAAUGAAGGACGUGAUGCAGCGCUUUGCCAACGAUGUGAUCGGAACGGCCGCCUUCGGUAUCAAAGUGGACUCGUACCGGGAUCCAAAUAAUGAGUUUAUCACCAUGGGCCGUUCGGUAACUGACCGGUCGUCACCGAUGAAGGCGCUGAAGAUGCUAGGAUUCGCUUUCGCACCGAAGCUGAUGACGCGGCUGAAGAUCGACUUCCUGUCGCUAGAAGAGGAUCAGUUCUUCCGCCAGACGAUCCUGGAGACGAUGCGCAUGCGCGAAGAGAAGGGUAUCUUCCGACCGGACAUGAUUGAGCUGCUGAUGCAGGCAAAGAAGGGCAGUCUGCGACAUGCACAGAAGGCGGAAGAGGCAAGCCAAUCGGCAUCGGAAGGGUUUGCGACGGUGGACGAGUCGCAGGUUGGUCGCCGUGCGCAUGACCGCGUGUGGACCGAUACCGAACUGGUCUCGCAAGCAUUUAUCUUCUUCUUUGCCGGAUUUGAGACCAUCUCCUGGACGCUCUCGUUUGCGCUCCAUGAGCUAGCAGUCGCAGAAAACAUUCAGCAGCGACUGUAUGAGGAAGUCCGUGAUGCCGAGGAGGCAUUAGAGGAAGGUAAGAGCCUCACCUAUGAACAGCUCCAAUCCCUUCCCUACCUGGACAAUGUAAUCUCUGAGACGCUCCGGAAGUGGCCGAUCGGCACUGUAUUGAAUCGAGAGUGCAUUCGGGAUUACCAUUACGAUGAUGGCAAGGGAACAUCGUUCACCAUGGAGAAGGGAGCGAAUGUAUUCAUACCUAUUAUCGGAUUCCACUUUGAUCCGAAGUACUUCCCCAACCCGGAUCGAUUCGAUCCGGACCGGUUCAACGAGGAAAACCGCAAGAACAUCCAGAACGGCACCUAUCUUCCAUUCGGUGCAGGGCCUCGAAAUUGCAUUGGUUCCCGAUUUGCACUGAUGGAAGCGAAGGCGGUGCUAUACUAUCUCUUGCUACACUUCCGUGUACUACCGUGCGAAAAAACACAAAUUCCCCUAAAGCUGAAGAAAUCGUCUACAGAGUUCGCGACAGAAAAGGGCGUCUGGCUGGAGUUCCAAUCACGCAAAAAGUGAUCGACCAGCACAGCGGAGAGAAUUUAGUUUAUAGCAAACCAGUCUAGUGUAGACCAUAGUAAAUAAGAAUAAA